AUGACCGAAACUUUUGCCUGUCCAUUCUAUCGGAAGGAUCCCUUUCAACAUACGGACUGUGUCAACUAUACUUUGACACGGCUGAGCGACGUGAAGCAGCAUCUUCAGCGACGCCACCGAGAUCAUCUCAUCAUCCGGUGCCUCAUCUGCAAUGAGGCAUUCACUUCCUUUGCUGAGCGCGACAAGCAUGCCAAUUCAUCUUCACCCUGCCCAAACUCUCCCUCUCUGGAGUUUGCCCAACCCGGCCCUGCGCAGAGCCCACACUCCAAAUUGAAGACUCGUUCUCCACGAGGCGUUGCACCUUCGGAAAUGUACUUUGAUCUUUGGGACUCACUCUUCAGCAAAGAGACAAGACCCUUGAAUCCUUACCGUGGGCCCGUCUUCGUGGAGACCAUCGCUGCUCUUCGCGACUAUUGGGAGACAGAAAAGUCUAAGAUUGUUCCAAAUAUAAUUAGGGAACAAUCUCCCUUGGUGAUUAUGGAUGAACGAUCGCUCUCUGAUGCGUUGAUGAAUACUUUUGACCGACUGCAAACUCGAUUCGAAGAGUGCGUGAGGAACCGAUGCGCAACUACGGCUGCCCUGAUUCCCACUCCCGCAGGUCUCCUUAACAAGCCAAAGGCAAGCAUCGAUGUCGGGGAACCGUACCUUGAGCGUUUCCAGUGCUAUGUAGACCCCGCUCUCGGCCAAGGGAUUGAAGCAUUCGGCAAUCAGCUCCCAAAUCCUAAGCACCUGGCGAGUCUAGUUCCGCGAUUACAUUACCAGGAUCCAACUGGAGCUGCAAACAACCGCACCUAUCAUGUCCUAGAGACCUCAACAAGUAGUGCGAGUGAUUCAUUCAAUGAAGGCGAAGAUCAUCAGGCAUCGGGAGAAACAUCUAUCGGCGCUCUUCUUCUAGAUGACUUUGAAAACGAGUUUCACAGCAACCUUUCAAAUUUUGAUUGUCUUUAA